AAAGGGAUCUCAAAUCCUUCACCUUGGCCCACCUGCCCUUCGAAUAGGGAUUACAUUAAUUUAUAACAUCGAUAAGUUUACUAUUAUAAAUACUUAAUCGAAAAUGUUCUUCAUAAUCAAUCUGAGAUUUACCUAACAAGAUGCUAAGGCUAGUAAUUCUGCUUCCACUAGUUCUAGCUUACGAGCCUAUUAUAAGUAACUACCAUGAAGAGGUAGGAAUUAAAGAAGCAGAGAAGAUCAGGGCAUAUGAAGAAGCAGUAGACUUCGAUGGUGGAAGAAUUGUGGGUGGCACUCCAGCGGCAGUCGGCACUUAUCCACAUUUGGGUGGUCUAGUAAUAAUCUUAACAAAUGGGGCUACCUCAGUCUGCGGAUCAUCUCUGCUUUCCAACACGAAAUUGGUGACAGCAGCUCACUGCUGGCGUGACUCGAGGAACCAGGCAAGGCAGUUCACAGUAGUCCUGGGUUCAGCCAGGUUGUUCAGUGGGGGACAGAGAAUCACCACCAGCAAUGUCCAGGUCCAUGCAGGGUACAAUACCAACACCCUUAACAAUGAUGUGGCUAUGAUCACUAUAUCCUGGGUUGCGUUUACUAAUAUUAUCCAGUCAAUCUCGUUGCCAUCAGGCGCUUUACUGAGCAACAACUUUGUUGGAUCUCGAGUACAAGCGGCUGGAUAUGGAAAAACAAGUGAUGCUGCAGGAAUAUCCAACAACCAAGUGCAGAGCCACGUGACCCUGCAGGUGAUCACUAAUGCCGCGUGCCAACAAACCUUCGGCUCCUCUAUCGUGAUUGGUUCCACUCUAUGUACCAGUGGUGCUGGCGGCAUGAGCACAUGUAGCGGAGAUUCUGGCGGACCUCUGUCUAUUAAUAGCGGCGGAAGAGUCUUGGUUGGCAUCACAUCAUUUGGAUCACCCCGUGGCUGCCAGGCUGGUUUACCCGCAGGUUUUGCGAGAGUCACAUCAUUCGUCGAUUGGAUUAGAUCUCGUUUAUAGUUUGUAACCGUACAUAAUAAAUUAGUUUUAUUUUAUUAUGUGUUUAAUUAUUUGUUAUGUCAU